CCCUCCUCCACAAAGAGCACCCCCACCCCCCAGGGGUCCUCCAGCAACACCGACUUUGCCUUCCGCCUGUACCGGAGGCUGGGGUGGAAGAGCCCGAGUCAGAACAUCUUCUUCUCCCCCCUGAGCGUCUCCGCCUCCCUGGCCAUGCUGUCCCUCGGGGCCCGCUCAGCCACCAGGAGCCAGAUCCUCCAGGGCCUGGGCUUCAACCCCCAGCACACGCCAGAGGCCGCCAUCCACCGGGGCUUCCAGCGUCUGGUUCACUCCAUCAACAUCCCCAGCCAGAGCCUGGACGUGAAGAUGGGCAGUGUCCUCUUCGUCAGGAAGGAGCUGAGGCUGCAGGCCAAGUUCCUGGAUGAUGUCAAGAGGCUGUACGAGUCGAAAGUCUUCCCCAUGGAUUUCUCCGACGCCGCCGCUGCCCUGGAGAGGAUCAACGGCUACGUGGAGAAGGAGACCCGGGGGAAGGUCGUGGGCUUAGUCCAGGGGCUGGAGCCGAUGGUGGCCAUGGUCCUGGUGAACCACAUUUUCUUUAAAGGCAAGUGGGAGAAGCCCUUUGCCCCUGCAGACACUCGAAACAACUUCCCAUUCCUGGUGGACAAAAAGACCAGCGUGCGGGUCCCCAUGAUGCACCAGGUGGAGCAGUUUGCUUUCGGGGUGGAUCCGGAGCUGAACUGCUCUCUGCUCCAGAUGGGCUAUAAGGGGGACACCACGGUCCUCUUCAUGCUCCCAGGUCAGGGCAAGAUGAGGCAGCUGGAACAGGCCUUGUCAGCCAGGAGGCUGCAGAAGUGGAGUCACUUACUCAGGAAGAGGUGGGUAGAGGUGUUCAUGCCAAAAUUUUCCAUUUCCGCCUCCUAUGACCUGGAGACCAUCCUCCCGAAGAUGGGCAUCCGAGAUGCCUUUGGCAAAAACGCUGAUUUUUCUGGGAUCACGAAAAGAGGCUCCCUGCAGGUUUCCAAAGUUGCCCACAAGGCUGUGCUGGACAUCGAUGAGGAGGGCACAGAGGCCGCAGCCGCCAGUGCCACCAACCUCGAGCUCCGGUCAAAGGACAGGCCCGCUUACCCCACCAUCACCUUCGACAAGCCCUUCCUCCUGCAGAUCACGCACGAUGCCACAGGCUCCCUUCUCUUCCUGGGGAAAAUGCAAGAUCCCACAAAAUUCUAG